AUGUCAACUCCUUCCACCUCUAAACAACCGGAAACCAUUGGCCUCACCGCUGCCGAACAAAAAUGGCCUGCUACCAAGGUCAGACAAACCUUUAUCGAGUUCUUUGAAAAGAAGGGUCACGUCUUCUAUAAGUCGUCGCCGUGUGUCCCCCUCGAUGACAAGACUCUACUCUUCGCCAAUGCUGGCAUGAAUCAGUUCAAGCCAAUUUUCCUCGGAACCGUCGACGAAACAUCUGACUUUGGUAAACUCAAACGUGCCUGUAACACCCAAAAGUGCAUCCGCGCCGGAGGAAAGCAUAAUGAUUUAGAAGACGUCGGUUCGGACUCUUACCAUCAUACAUUCUUCGAAAUGCUUGGCAAUUGGUCUUUCGGUGAUUAUUUCAAGACGGAGGCAGUCGCAUAUUCUUGGGAACUAUUGACCAAGGUCUAUGGGCUCGACCCUGCAAGACUUUACGUCACCUAUUUCGAGGGCGAUCGUGCCUCCGGACUUGAACCUGACCUCGAGACCAAGGAACUCUGGCGCAAAGCCGGAGUUCCUGACGACCAUAUUCUUCCCGGAAAUGUUAAGGAUAAUUUUUGGGAGAUGGGCGACCAAGGACCAUGUGGUCCUUGUACAGAAGUUCAUUAUGACCGAAUUGGAGGGCGUAACGCUGCCAAGUUGGUCAAUAAUGACGACCCUAACGUCUUGGAAAUCUGGAACAAUGUCUUCAUACAAUUCAACAGAGGCGAAGACAAAACCCUUAAGCCGUUACCCCAUAAGCACGUUGAUACCGGCAUGGGCUUCGAAAGAUUGGUGUCAAUUCUACAAGACAAGUCAUCAAACUACGACACAGACGUUUUCAAACCUUUGUUUUUAAAGAUCCAAGAAGUCGCCAAAAUCCGCUCAUACGAGGGUAAAUUCGGCCACGAAGACGUCGACUCCAUCGACAAGACUUACCGUGUUGUUGCCGACCACCUGAGGACACUCUCCUUCGGUAUCGCCGACGGCGGCAGACCAGAUAACGAUGGGCGUGGAUACGUUUUGAGACGUAUUGUUCGUCGUGGUGCUCGUUAUGCCCGAAAAUUUAUGAAGGUCAACAUUGGGUCCUUCUUCUCCUCUUUGCUUCCCGCUCUUGUUGAGCAAUUGGGCCCUACUUUCCCUGAACUCAAGGAACACCAAGCACUGAUCAAAAAGUUGCUGGACAUGGAGGAAGAGUCUUUCGCUCGGACCUUGGACAGAGGAGAGAAGAAAUUCGAGCAGCUCGCCGAGCUCGCCACUACUACCAAAACUCCAAUUGCUGGUCACGAAGUUUGGAAGCUCUACGAUACCUAUGGUUUCCCAUUGGAUCUCACAUACAUAAUGGCCGAAGAAUCUUCCGUUAAGAUUGAUACGGAUGGCGUCCUUGUUGCCGAAAAGAAGGCCAAGGAAAUAUCCAAAGUCAAGAAGGUCAUUGAUGGCAUCACCCGUCUUACUCUUGACGUCCAUGCUCUAGCCGCCCUCAAGGAAGAAAAUAUUCCUGCAGCCAAUGACGAAGCCAAAUUCUUGUGGGGCGACGAAGCCAUCCUUCGAGACUCUAAGAUCCUAAAAAUCUUCGUCAAAGAAGGAUUCGUCAAAUCAACAGAGGGCCUUGAGGAUGAUGUCCAGGUUGGCAUCUUGCUCGAUAAAACCUGUCUCUACGCCGAACAAGGAGGGCAGAUUUACGAUUUUGGUACCAUUUCUAUCCCCGGAAAGAGCGAAAUUUUUGUUGACCAUGUCGUCUAUCACGGAAAAUAUGCCCUCCACUCUGGUACCGUUAAGUAUGGUACUUUGAAGGUCGGCGAUGUCGUUCAGGUAGAAUACGACGAGGCUCGCCGUUCUUUGAUUCGUGUCAACCACACUGCCACACACGUUCUGAACUACGCCUUAAAGGAGGUGUUGGCUAAGAACGGGGGUGAAGUUCACCAAAGAGGGUCAUUGGUCGACCAGCUCAAAACUCGUUUCGACAUUUCUUGGGAUGGACCAAUUAGCCCAGAACAGAUCGAGAAGGUUGAAAACGAAUCUAACUCAUAUAUCAACCAAAAGGUCGCCGUCUAUACCAAAGAGAUAGACAUAAAGACCGCUCAAGCCAUUACCGGUGUUCGAGCUGUCUUUGGUGAAAAAUAUCCCGACCCCGUCCGUGUCGUAUCGCUCGGGAUUGAUCUCAAUCUCAUCGUCGAGAAUCCCACUGAUCCACAAUGGGCUAAAGUUUCAAUUGAGUUCUGCGGUGGCACACAUCUGAAAACUGUCUCUGAUAUCACCGAAAUGGUCAUCACCGAGGAAAGUGGUAUCGGCAAGGGUAUCCGCCGAGUCGUCUGUGUAACGAACGAAAUAGCUGCUGGUAUUCGGGUUCUCGAACGAGAAAUCGCUGCCAAGCUUAAAGAGGUCGAUGAAAUGCCCUUCGGACCCAAAAAAGAAGCUGCUGGGAAAGCCUUUUCCACUGGGCUAAACAGCGCUCAAAUCGGGCUUGUCAAGAAAAACUCGAUGAAAGCCGAGUUUGCAAAAGUUAACAAGCAGAUCAUCGAUGACGCUAAGGCCCGAGCCAAAGGUUACCUCGACAAAGCCGAAGCUGCCCUUGCCUCUGCUUUUGAUAAAAACACUAAAAAGUCGGCCCUCAUUGUCCUAGAUGCGGGGCCGAACGGAAAGACGUUAACCGAUGCCUUGAAGACAGUCGGAAGUUCCCACGGUGAUAAAGCAGUCUACUUUGUAGUUAAACCAGACGAGGGAGACGCAGACGGAAAGAUUUUCCACGCCCUCCAUCUUCCGCAGGUAUAUCGCAUUUAUCCCAAUCUUUCUUUCGCCAUCAAAGUGACUGACCACAUCUUAUAG